UCACUCUUCACCUGGCUAAAGCUGGUGUCGUUUUCAUGUUACACAAAAUCUCGAAUGAUACACAAAAGAAGAUACAAACAAACCGGACUAAAAUUAAUACAUCAUGAUACAUUGCAGUAUUUAUUCUCCAGUGGUAGCUCUGAUGGGAUGCACAACCCUAAACCUAUAUGAUACAAGUCCAAAACAAGGUAUAUUCUGCUCGUUGCGCCCUCUGAAGUGUCACCGGUAGCGGUGCGGGUAGAUGACGUGAAAUGUUUGGUCAAUAUUCACUUCCACAUCUUACUCGAGUUGAUUAUCCCUAGCCAGGAUUCUCUGUGGCCCAGGUUUGUGAUGCUGUGGAAGGAAAUUGUUGCAAACUGCUAUAGAACUAUUUGGUGUAUGAAAAGAUUCCAGAUCCCCCUGUUGGUGAUAUCUCCUGAAUGACUGGGUUCCAUCUUUGUUAGUUAUUUAGAUUGUUGAUGACAUCUCUGACUGACUCUCUCCGGGUUCUGGUCGUGGAAGUAGUGGUCAAGCCCGGUGACCCCUGGUGAGUGUUCACCUAGAGGCCUGGACUGACUAAGACUGUCAUCUGAAUUGUCUGUAUACAUCCCCGGUGUCCUGAAUCGCUGGAGAUCUGGGAUUUAAGGGGCGUUCCUGUAUCAUAUCUUUAUUGCACGUGAACUGCAAACUGAAAUGGUAGAAAAUAGGACAGUGAGUUUCAACACAAAUUGUGAGGACUCCCAACAAGAGAUCGUAACAAAUCAAGCGGGACGGAUAGUUUGCAUAGUUCUUUUAUUUUGCGUGUUUGCUGUCACUGUAAUUGGAAACAUUAUGCUGAUAGUGACAGUGGUCAGAAGAGGACAAUUUCACAGAAAGAUCAGUGUAUUUGUGAUAUCGCUGGCUGUGGCUGAUUUCUGUGUUGCUGUGUUAGUGAUGGUACCUUCCAUCAUUCAAUACUUCAUCGUUCAUUCACUAUUCAUGGACUAUGUGAGGAGCAGGCUCUUUCUUGCAUUAGAUUGUAUGUUUACCACAUCCUCGAUUUUACAUUUCACGUGCAUGAACAUUGAUCGCUUUGUGGCUAUCAGAAAUCCAUUGAAAUACUUUACGAUAAUGACCGGAAAAUUAGUGUCGUUGAUGAUAAUAAUUUGUUGGAUUUUAUCGAUUAUGAUUUCAGUAAUCGUUGCUAUUUUAAGCAUGUACAACUAUGAAUGCAAUUACUCAUCUAUUGCUCAAGUAAUACCGUCUGUUAUUGGUUCAGGCAUUUCAUUUUACCUUCCGCUGUUAUUAAAUAUCAUUGCAAGUGUUAAGAUAUGUCUUAAAGUUCGCAACAGAAACAUUUUGUUAUGCACCGAACAAGGAACUGGCGAUAGCGCCCUCCAACGCCAGCGACAUGAUCUUGAGGCUAGAGUUACAAGAACCAUCAUGAUAUUGCAGGGGACGUUCUUCGUGUGUACCACGCCGUUUUUUGUGUUGUUGCUUCUGGAGAGUCUCUUCGGUUUACACAUUUCCAACAGGGUAUGGUUUGUGGUAACAUGGCUUGGCUAUUCCAAUUCAACUAUAAACCCAUAUCUGUACUGUUAUCUAAAUACAAGAACCGAAAGGAUGGAUAGAGUCUGUAACAGAACUCGUGAUUUGAAUGUUGAAAAACUGGACAGGAGAAGGAAUACAGGUAGAGAUACGAAAUAUGGAGACUGGGAAGAACAUAUCACAGACAUGUCAUAAAGAACAAGAUGCAGACCAAUAUAGCAUAUCAAGCGUUACAAUAUCUAGUAAUAUGGUAUAAUUUUGUUUUCUCAAUAUAAAAAUUCUUAUUUGUAUUGUAUAAAAAAGUGAAAAUAACAAA